AACAAUUGUAUAAAAUAGAUUAUUAAAUAAUACGUAACUGAUAGUAAUUGUUAAAUAUACGUAGUGAAGAUAUAUAAAAAUGUCGGAAGCAACGAUUAAGUCUGUGAAUGAUCAGAAAAUUAAACUUGAACCACCAGAAUAUUCAAUGGAAGACGUUAAACGUGAAACUGAUGAUGAAUUUAAUUAUGUAGAUGGUAUUGUUAAGUCUGAAUCCUAUUUAGAGGAUGAUAAAACGUGUCUGGAAAGAUUUAUGAAUUCCGAAGUGACUAUAGAGGAAGAAGUCAAGCAGGAGGUAAUUGAGCCACCGUCUUAUAAAUGUGACAUUUGUAAUAUCUCAUUUCCAGAAUCUAAUUAUUUAAAAGAGCACAUGGCCGAUCACAAACCCAGUUGUAACGAAGAAGGCAUCCAUAAGUGUGGUGUAUGUCAUGAGUCAUUUAAACAAAUUUCAUUUUUGGCAGCGCACAUGGUUCUACAUAGCACAGAGCGCCCUUUCAAAUGUCAAAUAUGCCUUAAGAUAUUCAACCAAAAAACAGAUUUGAAAAAUCACAUAGUUGUUCAUAUAAGACAGCGCCCUUUCAAAUGUGCAAUAUGCAAUAAAACAUAUAUUCGAGAAAAAGAUUUGAAAAUUCACAUGUUUAUUCAUACAGGACAGCGUCCUUUCAAAUGUGAAACAUGCAAUCGGACAUUUCCACAAAAAUCUAAUCUGAAAUCACACAUGGUUACUCAUACCAAAGAGCGUCCUUUUAAAUGUGAAAUAUGCAACCAGACAUUUGCUCGAAAAUGCAGUCUGAAACCACACAUGAUCAUUCAUACCAAAGAGCGUCUUUUCAAAUGUGAAAUAUGCAGUAAAACAUUCUCACACUUGAGCGUUUUGACAAGGCACAUGCAUAUUCAUACAGGAGAACGCCCUUUCAAAUGUGAAAUAUGCUAUCAGGCAUUCACACGAAAAUAUUAUUUAAUAAAAAAGCACAUGAUCACUCAUACCAAAGAGCGUCCUUUUAAAUGUGAAAUAUGCAAUAAAGAUUUUGCACUAAGGAGCACCUUGAGGAGACACAAAUUGAAUGUUCAUAGUGGGGAACAUGAUGAAAAUCAACGAAAUAAUAAUAAGCAGAAACUAACUUCAUGUGUGAAAUAG